UAUUAGCAAGAGGUUUAUGAAAUUUUGAGACAUGUCGAUCCAAUGCAGAACCUGUGGGGAGCCCAUAUACGAUCAAGACCCGAGAAACCUUUUCGAGCCAGAGCAUAAAAACAUACGAGAUAAUAUUGAGGCACUCACUAGUAUUAAAUUAGCAAAUGGUCCACAAUUUCCAAAACAUAUCUGUUCCUGCUGCUACUUGGACUUGGACUAUUCAAUAUCAUUUCGUGAGCGUUGUUUGGAAACCCAAAAGCACUUGUUGAACAUCCAACCAAAUACAAAUUACGCUAUAGAUUUGAAUUGCGUAUAUAUGCUUCAAAGUAAAGAUAAGGAUGCUAUUGAUAAAGAUGAAAAUGAAUCUCUUGAAACACUUGACGAUAAUUUAGCAUUACAAAAGGAUUCUGAGCACCAAACUAACGCAACUAUACACUCAAACCCAAUCAAAGAUAUACCAAUAAUCAGAGGCGCUAAAUCGAUAGCCAAAUAUAAAAAGAGCAAAGAUAAAGUAAAGAAGUACUUGUCGCCAGAUGAGAAGAAAUACAUUUGUGAUUACUGUGGUUGGACAUUUCGUGAUUUAAGUAAUAUGAAAGAUCAUGUAAUUCGUCAUUCUGGUGUGAAGGAUUUCGAAUGCAAACAGUGUGGCGCUAAAUUUUUUACAAGACCUCAGCUAAUGCUUCAUGACCGUGUGCAUCAUAAAGGAGAAAAACCCUUUAAGUGCAAAUAUUGCAAUAUGGGAUUUCGAAAUAGUCCGGGUCGGUGCCGACAUGAACGCAAAUAUCAUCCAAAUGAGCUUCCGUUUGCCUGCAAUCUUUGUAAGCGAACAUUUAUAAGCAAAAUCAGUUUAGAAAACCACAAGAUAGUGCAUAUCACUGGAGAAACAGUGUAUAGUUGCAAUGCAUGCUUAAAAAUAUUUAAAGAUGCUAUAUCAUUAAAACGUCAUAACUUAACUAAGUACCAUUUAAGAAGAACUAUGCAAAUGCUGGAGUUUGAAACUUUUACUGAUGAGGAACUGGAAUAUGAUUUUGUGGAUUCUAUAGUUGAAACAACUCAUGAUUAAACACACUUAUAAUAACUAACUGUCGGUUUAGGGCAGUUGAGGCUUUAAAAUAUGCGCUAUAAUUGCCAUUCACCACGAAACGUUAUCAAAUACCAAUAAAAAUACUUAAACAGAAUAACAGCCCUGUUUAGUCGACGCUACGGCUACAAUAAUAUUAGGAACAAACAAAUUUAUAAAAAUGUCUGCUGAAUCCGAUUUUCAGUGCAGAACAUGCGCUGGAAAAAUGUUUAACUCUAAUGCCAAAAAUCUUUUCGAAAAGGAGGGUACGGAAAUUUUGCGGCACAUUGAAACUCUAACUGGAAUUCGGUUAAUUGGCGACAAAAAUCUACCAAAAUAUAUUUGCAACUGUUGCCACUUGGACUUGUAUCAUUCAAUUUCCUUUCGAGAACGCUGCAUCAACACGGAAAAGUUGCUUCAACGUGCAAAGCAACAAGCUGAAAAUGUUGUUGAAGUUGAAACGUCAGAGUCUGAGGAAGAUUCAAAGCCAUUAGUAGUGAAACCUGAUCCACUAAAUAUGUUGACUAAACAGAACCUCGCAAUUGGCAAGACUACAGUUGAACCAGAUGUUAAAAAUGUUAAAGCCCUAAUUAAAGAUGAAUCAUCGGAUGAAGAUGAAUGGAAGUUACAAGAGCCUGACCCAUGGCCCGACUCGCCAAUUGAAGCUGCUCCAGAGCCACGCACAUUGCGAAGUGGUACUCAAAAUGCGAAAGCGGAAUCAAAAACACAAAAGAAGCGCCCUACCAAAGUGAAGAAAGCACCCAAAGUUGUCCCCGAGCCUGAAGCUACAAAUUCAAAGUGUGCUAAGAAAAAUACGGCUGGCAAGAUUGAACCAAUUGCAAGUGUAUUAACGAGUUGCGAGUCCCCGGCGCCCAACCAAAAGUUAAUCGAAGACAAAAGCGCUGCUGAGCCUAGUGUAGAACCUUCGCUAGUAUCGGCAUCGCCAACUAAAAUCUCCGGCAACCCAGAAGUUAAAAAGAUACGCAGAAGAAAAGAACGAUGCCAAUCAAAUGCACCAAAGAUUCAUAUGUGUGAUCAGUGUGGUUAUCGAUCUUCGUGUAAGAGAGCCUUGGCAAUACACAUCUUGCGCCAUAAAGGAGAAAAGAAUUUUGAGUGCGAAGAAUGUGGCUUAAAGUUUUAUAAUGCAUCCAUGCGAAAAUUGCAUAUACGUGUUAAGCAUCAAGGCGAAAAGCCAUUUGACUGUAAAUAUUGUGGUCAAUCCUUCUACACACCCAGCGCUAGGGGCCGUCAUGAAAAAGUUACACAUAUCCGAAACUUUUGCUAUGAAUGUAAGAUGUGUGGCAAAAAGUACAUGACCAAAUCUUGUUUAACUAAGCAUGAGUUCCUGCAUACAGGCCUCAAACCUUAUCGCUGUGAAUUGUGCAAUGUGGGCUUUCCUCGUCGACCCGGACUGCGUAUACAUUGUCGCACAAAGCAACACCAAAAGAGAGCUGCAGACGCCUUAAGUAAUCAGCAACCAAUAGAUGCCGAAAUUAUACGGGACAUAGUAAUUCCAAAUGAUGGAAUAAUAUUUACGGACGGAAAUACAAUUAUAGAAGUAAUUGAUGAACAAAAUGAGGAA